AUGUACGCGCUGCGCUCUCUUCUGCUUCUGUUGUUGCCCCUCUGUCCCGGUCCUGGUCCUGGACCCGGUAUCGAGGCAAAGGUCACCCGGAGUUGCACUGAGACCCGGCAGAUUCUGGGGGCCCGGGGAUAUAGCUUAAGCGUACUCCCUCCCGCCCUGAUCUCAGGUGAACACCUCCGGAUUUGUCCUCAGGAGUACACUUGCUGUUCCAGUGAGAUAGAGCAGAGGCUGACCUGGGAAACUGAGGCCACCUUCCGAGGCCUGGUGGAGGAGAAUGGUUCCUUCUUGGUUCACACACUGGCUGCCCGACACAGAAAAUUUGAUGAGGUUUUUCGGGAGAUGCUCUCCUCAGCCGAGCAUUCCCUGUCCAUGCUCUUCCACCGCUCCUUCGGCCGCCUGUAUGCCCAGCACACCCCCUUGUUCAGUGGUCUGUUCUCUCGGCUACGGGACUACUAUGAGAGGUCCGGUGAGGGGUUAGAUGAUGCCUUGGUGGAUUUCUGGGCUCAGCUCCUGGAGAAAAUGUUCCCCCUGCUGCACCCACAGUACAUCUUCUCCCCCGACUACCUGUUCUGCCUCACACGCCUGGCCUCUUCUGCUGAUGACUCUCUGAAGCCUUUUGGGGACUCACCCCGCCGCCUCCGCCUACAGAUAACCCGGGCCCUGGUGGCGGCCCGGGCCUUUGUCCAGGGCCUGGAGACUGGAAGAAAUGUGGUCAGCGAAACACUUAAGAUGCCGCUGUCCGAAGGCUGCAAGCGGGCUGUGAUGCGUCUGACAGGCUGCCCCCUUUGCCGGGGGGUGCCCUCGCUGCCACCCUGCCGGGGCUUCUGCCUCAACGUGGCCUAUGGCUGUAUCGGCAGCCAAGGACUGGAUCCUGACUGGGGGCCCUAUCUGGAUGGUCUCCUGUUCCUAGCCGAUAAGAUCCAAGGCCCCUUUUCUUUUGAGCUGGCAGCCCAGUCCAUCGGGGUGAAGAUCUCAGAAGGCUUGAUGCAUUUGCAGGAGAACAGUGUAGGGGUGUCAGCCCAGGUAUUCCAGGAAUGCGGGAGCCCUCAGCCAGCGCGGGCUCGCGCCCGCCGUGCCCCAGCCCCAAGGGAGGAGGUGGGUCGCUUCUGGUCCGCGGCGGCGGCGGAGGAGGAGCGGCCGACGACGGCUGCAGGCGCUAGCCUGCCCCGGCUGGUGUGGGAGCUCCGCGAGCGUCUGGGCCGGGUGAGGGGCAUCUGGGCCGGGCUGCCCCAGACUGUGUGCGGGGACCCCCGCGUGGCGGCGGACCUCUCGCAGGAGGCGGCGCCUUGCUGGACCGGAGCUGGACCGGGCCGGUACUUGUCGCCCGUGGUCGGCUUCCAGGCCGGGAAGCUCGACAACCCAGAGCUGGAUGCAGAAGCCUCAAGCCCCGACCUCCAGACGCGGAGGCGGCGGCUGCAGCUCAGGGCCACCACAACCAGGAUGAAAGCGGCCGCCCUGGGACGCGACCUGGAGCUGGAGGACUGGGAGGACGCUAGCGGCUCUGGAGAGGGACAACACUAUGCAGAUGACUGGAUGGCUGGCGCAGCAGCUGUGGCCCCCCCAGCGCGAGCUCCUCGCCCUCCUCGAAGGGAAGGUGCUGGGGGCAAAGGAGGAGGUGUCAUUAUCCGCCACAGCCAGGACCGGAGCAGGACUGGAGGGACGUCUCUUGGUUUUCACACAGAACCCCUCCUCAUUCUCUUCCUCUUAGCCCUAGCCCUGCUUGGACCUCGAUAACAGGGGAGGGGUGCCCUGGCAUCGGGAGGGUUCAUGGCCCUUCCCCUCUCCCCCAUCAGCUGGGUCGGGAGAGGAGUCGAAGGCGGCUGCAGAGAGGGUAGAGAGGGACGUUUUGGGUGAAUGGCUGGGGCCCCAAAUCCAGGAGAUUUCCAUUGGUGGGUUGGGGGAUGGGUGUUCACAAUAUUUAUUUUUUCAUUUGGUAUCUGGGGAGGAAGGUCUGGGGGGGGGGGGGGUAUUUAUUUAGGAAGGAGGUAUGGUCUCUCCAACCCAGCCUCUAUGGUUAGGUUGUUGGUGAGCCCCAACAGGGAGAAAGGGAGGAGUUUCAGAGUUGCAGUUGGUGGGGUGGGGUUUGAAAGAAGUUGAAAGUGGGAUAGGUGGGUCCCCGGUCUCAGAAACUCAGAAAUAGACAAAGCUGGGGCCUUAUGGGGUGCAGGGCAGGGGACUAGGAUGUCAGGAUCUAUGGGGCUGGAUUCUGUUGAGUUUUUCAGUAUCACUUUCUUAAACUAAAAUAUCAAAAAACAAAAACCCACAUCUCAUGGUCUCUGCCAUCCACAUCCUUCACAAGUAUCCCCAUUUCAUGUUUCAGUGUUCAACUCAGUGUUUAUUCUGUAAAAUAAAUGGCUAAUUUGUUGGA